AGGUGCGCUCUCAGCUGAGCUCUGCGGGAGGCGGCGACGGCGACGGCGACGCUCACAAAGGCGGAUUGUGGCUUCACUGCUGCUCGCGGCGGGCGGCGUCGGGACCGAAGCGGCGGGGUGCGCCGGGGGCCCCCGCGGGCGCGGCGCGGGCGAUGAGCCGGGGCCCGGCAUGGCCUCCGCGCGGCCGCCGGGCCGGGCCUGUGCCUCGGCGUCCGCGCCCGCGGGGCUCCGGGCCGGGCCGCCCGCCCUCCCCCCCGCCGCCACCGUGUCCCCGGAGCCAGCGGGCAGCGCCGAGGCCGAGGAGCGCUCGCUGCAGCACAUGCUGCGCGCCAUAGCCGAGGAGCGCGGCCGCCUCAGCCUGCGCCGCGAGGUCUGCGGCCUCGGGUGCUUCAAGGAUGACCGCAUCGUCUUCUGGACGUGGAUGUUCUCCACCUACUUCAUGGAGAAAUGGGCCCCCCGGCAAGACGACAUGCUUUUCUAUGUGCGCCGGAAGCUGGCCUACACAGGCAGCGAGAGCAACGUGGAAGGGAGGAAGCUGCCUGAGGCCGAGCCCGAGGUGGAGGUGGAGGUGUACCGGCGGGACUCCAAGAAACUGCCGGGUCUGGGAGACCCUGACAUCGACUGGGAGGAGAGCGUCUGCCUGAACCUCAUCCUGCAGAAGCUGGACUACAUGGUGACUUGUGCAGUGUGCACGCGUGCUGACGGGGGCGACAUCCACAUCCACAGGAAGAAAUCCCAGCAAGUGUUUGCAUCCCCCAGUAAACACCCCAUGGAUAGCAAAGGGGAAGAAUCCAAGAUGAGCUACCCCAAUAUCUUCUUCAUGAUCGACAGCUUCGAGGAGGUAUUCUGCGACAUGACUGUGGGGGAAGGAGAGAUGGUCUGUGUGGAGCUGGUGGCCAGUGACAAAACCAACACAUUCCAGGGGGUCAUCUUUCAGGGCUAUCGUUAUGAGGCCCUCAAGAAGGUGUAUGACAACCGCGUUAGCGUGGCUGCCCGCAUGGCCCAGAAGAUGUCGUUCGGCUUCUACAAGUACAGCAACAUGGAGUUUGUGCGCAUGAAGGGGCCCCAGGGCAAGGGGCAUGCUGAGAUGGCCGUCAGCCGUGUGUCCACAGGUGACACAUCCCCCUGUGGGACUGAAGAGGACUCUAGCCCGGCUUCGCCCAUGCAUGAGCGGGUGACCUCCUUCAGCACACCCCCCACCCCAGAGCGGAACAACCGGCCUGCUUUCUUCUCCCCAUCCCUCAAGAGAAAGGUGCCCCGGAACCGGAUCGCUGAGAUGAAGAAGUCUCACUCGGCCAACGACAGCGAGGAGUUCUUCCGGGAGGACAGCGGUGGGGCUGACCUACACAAUGCAACCAACCUGCGGUCUCGGUCCCUGUCUGGCACGGGACGGUCCCUGGUCGGGUCCUGGCUGAAGCUGAACAGGGCCGAUGGGAAUUUCCUUCUCUAUGCACACUUGACCUACGUCACUUUGCCGCUGCAUCGGAUCUUAACAGACAUCCUGGAAGUCCGGCAGAAGCCCAUCCUGAUGACCUAGCGUGUGUGGAGCCUAUGCAGAGCCCUGGCUCUGCCUGGCCUGGGAAUGCUGCCAAGUGCCUACCUGUCACCGCCACCGGGGUCUUCUGUGACAAGCCAGCGCCAGAGCCACAGCCAGGCGGGGCCGCUCGACUCCUGGAGCCAGGGCCGACUCCAUGAACACCAGCCCAAACUGAAGUGCCUCGUCCUCCUCCCUGCUGGCUCUGCUCCCCUGUGUAUCCCCAUCCCACCCCAGCACCCCAGCCCAUCUGUGAAGAGCUCUCUGCACCCAGAGAGGCCAGAGACACCAACAGGUCAGAGAGCACGCAAGGGCUGGCGUCUGCAAUGUGCCCAGACCUCCUGACAUGGCAGGUGGAACCCAGUGCUGGUGCUCUCAGCGAGUCAGACCGUCCACACUUCUUAGGAAAAGCAGUUGAUGAUUUUGCAGUUGUGGUACCUGUGAACUUCAGCGUCCAAGGCAGUCCCACCUUGUCUUCCCCUAGUUAUCACUCUGUCACAGCAAGUUCCCAUGGGGAGACUGCAGCUUCACCCUGGGCUGGGAAUACCUCCCUUAUGCCCAAGCUGAGCUCAGAAUGGCCCCAAGCUGGGCAGACAGGCCCCAUCCCGCCAGAAUGGCCUUUUGCUUCCAGCCAAAGAACAUCAUCAUCGCCCGCCUCCAAUCCGGACAGGAAGGCAGACGUCCUGCCUCCCACCUUGGCUGCCAGGACUCCCAGAAUUUGGAUACUGAGGGCAGGAAAAUGGCACUUUAGCUGCAGGGUAUCUGGUGUGGGCUGGGGUUGGCAUCCUCCCAGGGGGUUGUAGGCAGAACCACCAACCUCUGGGGCCGGGUGUUGUUUCCUCUGACCAGUGUGCUGGUUGGACCAGCUCCCUAGGCAAGGAGGAACUGGCUUGGCUGGUUGUGCGUGGGUGGUACAGCUGAUGAAUGUGAGCGACCCACGGCCACUAGCCCUGCCUUGUCCCAGCACAGUGUGCUCUCAGGAGCUGAGGCCUUCCUCUACCCAACUGGAAUAGACUGGAAGCUGGUCUCCUUGUUGCUGCUGUUUGGAGUUUGAUGUCCGGAGUACUGGAGGGCUCCAACUGAGCGUUGAGAGAUCCCCUGUGGGCAGAAAAGGAAGAGCAGGAGUCUGCUCUGUUUCCAUUCUGCCGGCUCUGGGAAUGGGGACUACUUUGGGGCUUUCUCCAGGUUUUGUAUGUUGUUAUUAAAAGCAAGCUAUUGCAUUUCGUUCUGCCUCAGCUUGCCCACCUAUGAAAUGGGGCUGUUAACAACCUACCUCACUGACGUCUUUAGGGUUCAAGUGCACAAAGGUCAUGGUACAGUCAGCAGCUGUACUGCAUAGCUGAUUGGGCGUCAGGGUUAGGGUGAGGUUCUUGGGAGCUUGCCUCUGCCCACUCUGAGAUAACCUCCUCCACGGUGGCCAGUGGCAGGUAGACUGGGACGGUGUCCCAUCUUCCAGCAGUGCUGGCUUAGGCUGGUGCUGUGACUCCCUGGAGCAGGUUCACAUUCUAACCUGGUGUCUUAGGGCCACAGAGUCGGGUCCUGCCCCAGGGUGUCUGAGCAGCGCCUCAGGCCGUGGACGUGACCCAGCACUGCAGGACACUGCUUGUUCUACAGGGUUGUGAAUGCUGUUCCCAAGUUUGUGUCCAGGAUAGCUGAAAUAUACCUAUCUUCAGGAACUUUUUCUCCCUGCUCAUUCUGGAAUCCGAAGACUCUGGGCUGGGAUCUUGGGAGAAAUACAGCCCCGAUGCAUCUUCUGGAAGGACAGGUAGUGUAAGACAGGCAGCGCUCUGUUCUCGGAGUGAGGACCAGCAAAGGGCUCCCUCACCCAUAGCCAGGCUGGCCUGGGAAGGACUAGUCCUGUGUGAAAGUGUUCCCCAGGUCAUAGGAAUGCAGAUGUGGUGUGUGGGAACAGAUGCCUGCCAUGGGUUGGCUGUGUUUGUGUCUAACCCACAGCACCUACCAUGUGCAGGCCCCAUUCCAACAUUUAUGUACCCCUGUGUUCCCAUCUUCCAGACAAGGAAACAGCCACAGAGCAGUUGGGUGAACUGCGUAAAGUUAAAUCACAGAUCACGAUGGUAGAAGUUAAGCUGGGCCUUGGCUUGGGACACAUGGACAGGUGUUUGGUUACAUCUACCAUUCUUAGUCCUAAAUCCAUCUCCAGAGGGUACUUCUGAUCCUGAUUAAAGCAUGUGCAGUGACAUUUGGUAACUAGAUUAUAAACUGUCACUCUGAGGUUUUUUAUUUAUUCACAGUAGUAACUGACAUCAACAAAAGUUGAUAGCUGGGUGUGGUGGCCAUGCCUAAGAUCCCAGCACUGGGGCGCAGGGAUGGAUGGAGGAGGAUCAUGUGUUCAAGGCCAACCUGGGCUACAUAGUGAGACCCUGCCUCAAAAAAUAAAAACAAAAAAGUGAUAUAAGUGAUGGUCAGAACCAGAGCCCCAAAAGUCCUGGUGUUGAUACACUUGCUUCUGGAAGGCCAUUUCGCUUUUCUGGGAACAUUCCUGUCUCCUGGACAACAUGGGUCAGGUCAGCAAAGCGCACAGACGGGUCAUAAAUGGGAAUCAGGAUUAGAGUACAGUUCUCCUUUGUGGAAACUGAGGUGUCAACCUUAAGGACACUGAGAAGGUGGUAGUGCUGGGCUUUUUCUUUGUGAGUGACUCUGGGUACGUGAAGGCUCAGGCAACAUCGCUCUUGCAGUCCUGGCUGUCACAAGAGCUGGCUGGCUCAUUUUGUCCCAAGAGAAGAAUAUUAUUUAAAACACAAGUAGCAGACAAGUAACCAAAAGAGAAAAGAACAUUGUGUAGCCCGACCCACCUGGCUAUCGGAUGGGUUUUCCUGUGAGCAGAAUCUUUAACACUGGACACAUCGCCGGGAAGUUAGCCUUCUGUCCACGUGGAGUAAUGAUGAAGAACAUGAAAGCGUGUUCCUGAUGUGUUCUCAAAAAAAUUUGGAAUCAAACCAGGAUCUAUUUUUUGCUGUUUUAAUCACAGACUAAUUAAUAGACUUUUGAAAAAUGAAAGACUUGUUUUUCAUUAAGACAUUCCAGUUCCGAUGCAGCUGAUGCAUACUAAUGACUUGAAAACACUUGACGGUGUCAUGUCGUGGUUUUAAAUUGCUGGCCAAAUUUUUUAAAGGCUUUUAUAUUAAAAACCUGCCGACGUGUUACACAACUCAGUAGGCUUCGCUCUGCCGUAUAGUCUAGAUGAACUGGAAUCUGGUUUCCCAUCCAGUUUCUUGACAUGUUAGUUGCCCCCGUCUGGCUUGCUCUCACGUUUGCAUCAGAAAGCAGAAUUGUGCCAGGUGUUGGUGGCUCACACCUGUAAUCCUAGCUACCUAGGAGGCAGAUACCGGGAGGAUCAUUUGAAGACAGCUCCAGGCAAAUAGUUUGCAAGACUAUCUUGGAAAAAAAAAAAUCACAAAAAAGGGCUGUGGAGUGGCUCAAGUGGUAGAGCACCUGCCUAGCAAGCCCCAGUACCACCAAAACAAAAAACCAAAAAAUCAGAAGUGCUUCUGCUAAAUCCUGACAAGAACUCUUAAGACCCAAAAGUGCAAAAAGUAACCUCCAGAGGAGUCAGCAAUAUCCCAAAAGGGAGAGCUGCUCUUAGGCCAGGUGGCUUCACACCUCUGCGGGUGCCCACUGGGAGUUAUGGGGUGGUGGCCACCAGAUCUUUUUCCCUUUGACCAACUGACUAGUUACCAACAUGACCCUCUGUGGAAAAGGGAAUCCUCCAAACCUUUCUCUGAGCCCCUGGAACAAACAGCCACAGUGCUCUGCCAGGAUCAUCAGACACAGAAGCUGGGGUACUUGACACCAAGUGGCCUGGGGCUGGGCUCAGAGUUCUGAGCAGGUGGAACCCUGGAAGUGAAGGAAGCCAUGGACAUGCAGAGAUUUGUUUACAGUUUUCUGUUAUUCCCAAGGGCAGGCCCAGGCCUUGAGAUCUGCCCAUCAAAAAUGACAAUGACCCUCCGGUUCUGCACACAGCGUGAACCGUUUCGUCCUUGCGUUCUUUUGGCUUCAGUCCCUCACUUGGUAGAAGGUUUAAGAGGUUUAGGUGCAAUAGCAAUCUUUUAUGGUUUCCAGACUAAUUCUAUGAGCGUAGUUAAACCCAUAAAGAUGAUGUUGAGAGUUUUUUUUGCUCUUUGAAGCCUAACUCGUGAUUUCUACGAAAUAAAUUUUAGCAAAAACAUCGUAAUGGCAUACAUUUGUAUGCUAAUUUGUCAGUGGUAUUUCCAUAAAUAUUAUCUACAGCUAACUGGUGAACCAUUCUCUGCAUGCAAUAGUCAUUGCCAGGCAGGAUUUGUGGUUGCCUUUAUAUUUCGUGUUUCUUUGCAAGUUGCUUUGCAUAUGAGAUGCUCAUUUUUCUUCUAGCUUCCUCUGAUUUGUACCCGAUUAUUUUUCAUAUAAUAUACUUUCAGGUUAAUUGCUUUCUGUCAAAGCAGUAGCUUAAUGAUCGAACUUUAAUUUGCCCCCAAAGAGUCCUUAAACUUUUUAUUGGAGCUCUCACACAAGGUACUGCUUUUAAAUGGGACAUGUUGGAGGCCACCAUGUCACCCUGUGCUGGCAGAUGCUGGCCAGUGGUGUCAGUGAGGGGGGCAGUGACAUUGGUUUAGCCAGAGGUGCUGUUUGCAAAAUGAACGUGAGAUGUGUUUCAGGUUUAGCUCUCAGACCCCGGGAAGCAGUGCAUGCCCUUGGAAUUGCACUGUGAAACUAGCCAACUUUUUCUAGAAAAUCUCUCCAAAAACCCUCGCAGGAGUGGGAAAUGACAGGAACAGAGGCAGGAAUCUGGUCUUGGUAGAUCCCAGUAAGCCACUCAGCCUCUGGGCAUGAGGGGCUGGACCAGGUGUUCCUGUUGCCUGGCCGGCCCUCUGCCCAGCAUCCUGUGCUGCAGUGCUUUCUGGCUGAGCCUCCCAGAGUCUGCUCUCGGCUGGAAAUCACCUCACAGCCACCUUUCAUGUGGCCAAAUGACUACUCAUGUCACAAGGCAAUGGGCAAAGGCCUAACACACUGAGGUUUCAGAAUAGAAAUAAGGGGCAGAGAAAGGGGUCUGAGAGGAACUGGACACCACCUAGGCCAUAGGACCCCCUUGUCAUCCAGAUCAAACCCUUGCCAAGUAACUGGGAAGUCUUUUAAGUCUAACAGUCAUCUGAGGAAGGACUGGGCUUAUGGCUCACAUGGCAGCGUGCCUGCCUGGCAAGUGCAAGGCCCUGAGUUCAAACCCUAGUACUGCCAAAAAGUCACCUGAGACCUCUGAUCGAUGUCCUUCAGGCAGGGACGGGGAGCAGGGAGCAUCUACUUGCGACACUCUUUCAUGUUACUCACCGACUCUUGAAGACCAUUUUGCUGCCUCAGGUCUUUUAUCCUGACCCAGAUAGCUUUUAGGAUCUGUCAUACCCUUGCCCAGAAUGUGCUCACUGGAAGGGAAACCCUGGGGGAAUCUGGAACUGGGAAGAGAAAGGUGAACUGUCCCCAGGUAACACAGCUGUGCUUUGUGCCAGGCUGUUAAAGUGAACACAGCUGGCAGGGGAAAAUGGUUGUUUCUGGGGAAGACAACACUGAAUUGCCUCCUGAUUUAGCCUUUACAUAAGCCUACAGGUUAACACUUUUUCUUUCCUCUCUGUGGACGAAGGGGGGUCUUUCAUUUUGGAAUAUGACUAAUAAAAUAAUUAGGUUGUUCAGUUUGAAAUAAUCGUGUUUUUUAGUGAACUGUGUAUUUUGAAAAAAGUUUUUCUCAAAAGACUAGCCAAUUCCAGAAACCAGUUAAGCUCAGUCACUUAAAGGGCACCUGGAACCCCGCCCUGCCCAUCGCCUGGGCUUGUCACCUGACUCCAGGCCACGGGUUUUUCAAAAGCAGCUACCGCUGUCUUCCUGGGGCACUGGCAGUGAACUGAGGCAAGGCUGGGCACGGAGGCUGGCAUAGCUCCUGGCAACACUGGUAACUUGCUGUUUCCCCCCAGAAUGUGCCAAAAGGGAUUUUAUAGACUAACUCUGGGCAAGGGUUAUAGGGAGAGAGCAGGCAUGUGCCAGUGGUUCUCCACCUGGGCUGUGCACCUGAUCACCUGUCAAACCCAAC